AAAUUUUUUUUGUCCAUCAUUUUUUUUUUAGGUCGUCAUUGUAGCCGAUUUCAUUUUUCACAUCAACACACCACUCAUUUGAGUUCUGGAAAUUUCGAAUUUAUUUCAAUUCUUUGAUUGUUGUUGUUGUUGUUGUUUUUUUUGGUGGGGAAUUUACAUUUUUCAUCACUUUGGAAUUUACAAUAAAAACAAAUUUUGAGUGAUUUUCAAAUUUUUCAUUCAUUCAUUGAUUAAAACUGCCACAAAGUAUCUAUUUUUUGAAGAAAAUGUCGAUUGCAGAACAACAACAACAACAACAACAAUCAUCAAAUGGUGAUCAUGGUGAUUCCAAUACACCAAUUACCAAUGGUCAUGAUGAUGGUAACAUUAAUAUUAUGGUCGAUUCUAAUAAUAAUCAUCAACAACCGGAAGAAGUGUUUCUAUUCACAUCUGAAUCGGUUGGUGAAGGACAUCCAGAUAAAAUGUGUGAUCAAAUUAGUGAUGCUGUAUUGAGUGCAUUUUUGCGAUUAGAUCCAAAUGCAAAAGUUGCAUGUGAAACAAUCACAAAAACCGGAAUGAUUAUGGUUUUUGGUGAAAUAACAUCAUCAGCACAUAUUGAUUAUCAGGAUGUUGUACGACAAACAGUAAAACGUAUUGGUUAUGAUUCAAGUGAAAAAGGUUUCGAUUAUAAAACCUGUAAUGUAUUGGUAGCCAUUGAACAACAAUCAUCAGAAAUUGCAUCUGGUGUUCAUUAUGAACGUUCCGAAGAGGAUAUUGGUGCCGGUGAUCAAGGUAUAAUGUUUGGUUAUGCAACCAAUGAAACAGAAGAAUGUAUGCCAUUGACCGUUGUACUUGCACAUCAAAUUAAUGCAAAAUUAGCCGAAUUACGACGAUCAGGUGAUCUGUGGUGGGCACGACCUGAUUCUAAAUCACAGGUUACAUGUGAAUAUCAUAUUAUCAAUGGUCGAACAAUUCCAACACGUGUUCAUACGGUCGUAGUGUCAACACAACAUUCAGAAAAAAUUGGUUUAGAUGAAUUACGACGUGAAGUAAAAGAUAAAAUCAUCAAAUCUGUCAUUCCGGAACGAUUAUUGGACGAGAAAACACGUUAUUACAUUAAUCCAUGUGGUAAUUUUAUUCUUGGUGGUCCAUACAGUGACGCUGGUUUAACUGGCCGUAAAAUUAUUGUCGAUACAUAUGGUGGUUGGGGUGCACAUGGUGGUGGUGCAUUCAGCGGUAAAGAUCCAUCCAAAGUGGAUCGUUCAGCUGCUUAUGCUGCAAGAUGGGUGGCUAAAAGCUUGGUCAAAGCUGGUCUAUGUAGUCGAUGUUUGGUUCAGAUUUCAUAUGCAAUCGGCGUUGCUCAACCAAUUUCAAUUACAAUCAUGGAUUAUGGUACUGGAAAAAAAUCAACAAAAGAAUUAUUACAAAUUGUUAAGAAUAAUUUCGAUCUUCGUCCCGGAAUGAUUAUUAAGGAAUUGAAUCUACAUGCACCAAUCUAUGAUCAAAUCGGUGCAUAUGGACAUUUUGGUCGUGAUGAUUUUACAUGGGAACAGCCAAAAAAAUUAGUUUACUGAUAUAAAAUUCGAUUUUAUCGAUUCAUUCGAAUUCUGAUUGUUUUCAAUAUUAUCGUUAUCGAUAUUAUUAUUAU